AUGGUGUGUGAGAACCAAUCAGAGCAAGUCAUUCUUGCGAAGAACCAACCAGAGAAAGUCAUUCUUGGGAAGAACCAACCAGAGCAAGUCAUUCUUGCGAAGAACCAACCAGAGAAAGUCAUUCUUGGGAAGAACCAACCAGAGCAAGUCAUUCUUGCGAAGAACCAACCAGAGAAAGUCAUUCUUGGGAAGAACCAACCAGAGCAAGUCAUUCUUGGGAAGAACCAACCAGAGCAAGUCAUUCUUGCGAAGAACCAACCAGAGCAAGUCAUUCUUGGGAAGAGCCAACCAGAGCAAGUCAUUCUUGGGAAGAACCAACCAGAGCAAGUCAUUCUUGGGAAGAACCAACCAGAGCAAGUCAUUCUUGCGAAGAACCAACCAGAGAAAGUCAUUCUUGGGAAGACCCAACCAGAGCAAGUCAUUCUUGGGAAGCACCAAUGA